AUGGGAAGAAACUGCAACCAGGAGACUGAAUUCCUUUUCACGGGACUCACAGAUUACCGAAUGUCUCAGAUACCUCUCUUUCUACUCUUCCUCACAAUUUAUCUUAUCACUGUGGUAGGGAAUCUUGGCAUGAUUUUUAUAAUCCGAGCUGACUCUCGACUUCACACCCCCAUGUAUAUUUUCCUUGCCAAUUUGGCUUUUGUUGAUCUCUGCUAUUCCACAGUCAUCACUCCCAAGAUGCUGUCUGAUUUCUUAACUGAGAAAAAAAUAAUUACUUACAUAGGAUGCGGGGUUCAGGUUUUUCUUUUUUGCUUCUUUCUUGGAACGGAGUGUUUCCUCCUAGCUAUAAUGGCAUAUGACCGUUAUGUGGCUAUCUCUAGCCCACUGCUGUAUUCGGUCAUCAUGUCCCCAAAACUCUGUGUACGGCUGGUUAUUGGUUCCUUCUUAAUUGGGUGUGUAAAUGGAAUGACACAAGCUGUGAAUAUGUUAGAUUUAUCUUUCUGUGGCUCCAAGGUCAUUGACCAUUUCUUCUGUGAUAUCUCCCCGCUGAUAUCUGUCUCUGAGUCUGAUUCCACAAUCAAUCAAAUUAUUCUCCUUGCUUCAGCUGCUCUAUUAGGAUUGUCCAGCGGUGUCAUUGUUCUUAAUUCAUACAUUAUCAUCCUCUCCACCAUCCUGAGGAUCCGCUCCACUGAGGGCAAACGCAAAGCCUUCAACACCUGCACCUCCCACCUUACAGCUGUUUGCUUCUUCUAUGGAACUGGACUCUUCGUAUAUUUAAAACCCAGCUCCCAGGACUCAAAGCCAAAGGACAAAUGGGCCCCAGUCUUCUACUCAGUGCUGACCUCCAUGCUGAAUCCCCUCAUCUACAGCUUGAGGAACAAAGAAGUGAAGGAUGCCCUGAGAAGAGUGAUAUCAAAUAAUAUACACUUGAAUGUUGUAAAUUAA